GACAAGAUAGAUGAAGCCAAGGCUCAAUACGAAAAGGGCAAGGACCAUGCAAAAGACUACGUGAACGAAAAGGCUGAUGAGGCACAGGGCAAGUAUGAACAGUACAAAGAUUAUGCUAAAGAUAUCGCCCAAGAUAAGUAUGACCAAUAUAAGGGUGAAGCCAAGGAAAAAUAUGACCACUAUAAGGGUGAAGCCAAGGAAAAGUAUGACCAAUAUAAGGGAGAAGCCAAGGAAAAGUAUGAAGCAAAUAAGGAUAAUGCUAAGCAAGCCGUGGAUGAGAAGGCUGGUGAAGUCAAACAGAAAUACGAAGAGGGAAAGGCUGUAGCAUCCUCGAAAGCGGAGGAUGCCAAGAAGGAGGCAUCUCAAAAAGGCCAGGAACUUCAGCAGAAAGCAGGCGAUAAAGUUAUCGAAGCUGGCCAAACAAUCAAAGAAAAAUAA